AGCCAUGACAGAAUGACCAUCUCUCCAGGCCUCCGUUUUCUACGGCCAUACCUCUGCAAAGACCUUGCCGUAUCGCAAAAACAUGCCUAUCUAAGGUUUUUCAGCAGUACAAGAUGUUUGGGGAAGAAGGCCUAUCAAAAGAUCGAUUCCUACGGUCAUGAUGUCUCGAAGGGGGGGGGUGAAGCUCUAAAACGGAAUACAAAUGACCGGAUUACGAAACUUGAGAGUGCGAAUGCGCUGAAGUGGCCGAGAAUUCAGAAUGAUGUGAACGGUUUGACCCUGACGGAGUAUAAUGAAAAGUAUAAACGUCUGCAGGCUGGAGCUAAACUGAGUGACGAGACCGUGUUAAUACGAGGGAGGUUAAUGUCCUUUCGAAUCGCUGGUGGCAAGCUGAUAUUCUUGGACAUAUAUCAAGAUGGGUAUAUGGUUCAAGGUAUCUGCAAUCAAGGUGACCUUGAUGCUUUCAGUGGGAUAACGAAAAGGGCAUUUAAGGAGUUCUGGCAUACGCUUCAAAGGGGAGAUUUCAUAUCCAUGUAUGGCCACCCUCACGUAACUCAACAGUCAAAAGGAGAAUUAUCCAUGUACUGUAUAGAACUUCCUCAAGUCUUAGCUCCCUCAAUUUCUCUUAUACCACGAAAACUCGAAGAUCGGGAGGCUCGAAUACGCAAUCGACAUGUGGAUAUGCUUGUCAAUCCUAAGACUUCUGAUACCAUACGAAUUCGGUCUCACAUUAUACAAUACAUCAGAAACUUUCUAUUAGAUGACCAGUUCCUUGAGGUUCAAACGCCAAUAAUAUCUGAUUCGGCCGGCGGUGCCAUUGCAAGGCCUUUUACAACUGUCGCCACAGAGUUCUCAGACAAGCAAUUAGCUCUCCGAGUCGCUCCUGAGAUAUGGCUCAAGAGACUUGUUAUUGGAGGCAUGGAUCGAGUUUUUGAGAUUGGACCAGCAUUUCGAAAUGAGGGUCUUGACGCCACCCAUAAUCCAGAGUUCACUACAUGCGAAUUUUACAAGUCAUUUGCCGAUUUGAAUGACCUAAUGUCUAUGACCGAGAAGAUGGUUUCUGGCAUUGCGUCGCUCGUUUCAGUACAACGCAAACAUCCCUUGACAUCUCUCCCUGAACCAAAUGCAAGCCUCAGUGCAACACCAUACAAACGUAUCCAAUUCAUUCCCGCCAUCGAGAAAGCGCUAGGAGAAAAACUCCCAGAUCUGGCUGAUGAUCAAGCUACGGAAAAACUGCUAGCUCUUUGCAAGAAGCACUCCAUAAAACUCCCCGAGGCCCUCACACUCCCUCGCAUCCUAGACAAGCUGGCUUCUAUCUACAUUGAGCCUGAUUGCGAGGCUCCUACAUAUAUCAUCUACCCCCCAGCAUGCAUGGCACCUCUCGCAAAAUCCUUCAUUGACCCUGCUACCAAACAACUCGUGUCAGCUCGUGCCGAACUUUUUAUCCAGAAACGGGAAAUGGCGAAUAUGUAUGAAGAGGAGAACUCGCCUUUCGAGCAAAGGGUAAAGUUUAUGCAGCAAGCAAAGUUCAAGGAUGACGAGAACAAGGCUUUCAUCGAUGAGAGCUAUCUCGAAGCUUUAGAGUGGGGCCUACCUCCCACAGGAGGCUGGGGGUGUGGGAUUGACCGAAUGGUCAUGCUGUUCUCGGGCUCAAAGAGAAUCAGUGAUGUCUUGGCCUUUGGAAGUUUGAAGAAUGUGGUCAAUCUCGGAAACCCUGCACCGAGAGCCUCUGGCGUCAUGCAGAAGCUAGAGGAUCUGGCGUCUGGCCCGAAAGAUGUUCCUGAGAGCAAGUCGGCGAAGAAGAAGAAAAAGAAGAAGGCGGCUGCUUCUGAGGCUCCCACGUCUGUGAAGACGGCGGUCGCUUCUGAGGGUGUUACGCCUGUGCAAAAGGCAGCUUCUUCUGAGGCUACCACGCUUGUGAAGAAGAAGAAGAAGAAGGCUGCUUCUGAUGCUGCCACGCCUGUGAAUAAGAAGAAGAAGAAGGCUGCUUCUGAGGCAGUCAAGCCUGUGAAGAAGGAUGACAUGGCUACCUCUGUAAAAACAGCUCCUCAAACUGAGUCCUCGGCAUCAACGAAAGAAAGUGCUUCUGAAGCCGAGUUAGCAGAUAAAGCGGACGAAACUCCGCCUCUUGCGAAGACGUCCAGUACGAUGUAG